AUGAUGAAUCCGCAGCAGUCACCGACACGGAGAGGGCGUUCAGCGUAUCCAUCGCAACGACAGAGUCCAUCGAGAGCUUUGUCCCCAACUCCAAGGUCCAACGUGAACACCCACUUGCCGGUCCAACCCAACCUUUCACCCAGACAGUUUCGACCGGUUCUACCAAGACCAGCACAAGCUCCACCGCAGCAACAUCAGAGAUCACCUCAGCCACAUAGACAGACACAGCAGAGACAACCUCAACCACAGAUUCAAGCUCCACCGCCACACCCGCUUCAGCAGCAGCAGUUUGGACCAAUCCUACAGUCUCUUGCUGGAGUCAAUCCUUCAAGUGCCAGCAGCACCAACAGUAGAAAUAGUAACUAUGAUCCCAGCAGGGAACUCAUGAGAGCCAUGGAACAGCAAAAUCAGCUUCAGCAGCAGCAGUUUCAUCAGUCAUGGCCAGCACCACCACCACAGCCACUACAACAUCAGCCACAACCAGCUAGACAACAACAUCAGCCACAGCCUCUAGCUAGACAGCCAGCAGCAGGUAGACCUCCACAGCAACCGCAAGUGCACACGUGGAGGAGAAAUCAACCUGGUCAGUCACAACCUCCAUCCCAAGUACAAAGAGGACACUAUCAGCAGCAGCAUCAGCAGCAGCAUGACCCUGGCUCCACUCCAUCAUCCUUGCAAGGCUCUAGUCAGUCCUUUCAGUUACUCCCCAUUCAGGAGCAACCAUCCAAGGACGAAUCGGAAGCCAACCAACACAAAUACAUGGACCUUAAAAAGGAACAUGCCAAGUUGAAAAAGGAACUCAAAGACACACAAUCCCAGUUACACAAGAGUCUCUCCGAUCUACAGUUCAAUCAAACGGAACUCAAAACCACACAAUCGCGAUUGCACAGCAGUGUGGGAGACUUGUCGGCACUCCAACACGAACUGGAAUCACUCACUCAAGCAGAAGAUGAGCAACAACUGGGACACGCCAUGGAAUUCAUUCAAGAACUCAAAUCGGCUCGCGAUGAAGCCGUUUCUCAUCGACAAGUCAUGAACGACCGCAUGCGACAAUUGCGCGUCGACAAUACCACGCUCAAAGACCAGUACCGGGCAUUGCAAGAUGACUAUCGCACGGCGCAACAUGAGAUUCGCAAAUUGCAGUUGCAAAUUGACAAGCCCGCUGUCGACCAGACAAAGGCCAUGGAAAAGUUGCGCGACAAGAAUAUGGAAUUGGAAGUCGAGAAUCGGGCCAUGGCACACAGCCUCAAACGCGUCAAUGAUCAAGUAGCGGCAUUGGAAACCAAAUGUACCAAACUGGAAGAUCGCAAUCGAAAUGUCGAGGCGCAACUGGCGGCCACCAAGCGAAGAGCUAGUGUCAGUGGGGGCGAUGUGGCACAACUGGCAGCCCUGUUGCAAACGGAAAAUCAGCAAUUGCGAUCUGCCAAAGAGGCGCUGGAGAAACAGAUGCAACAACAACCCAAGAGUAGUACUAAGACGACCAGCGCGCAACAACAACCAGACUCGGAGACAAAACUGGCCAAGCUCCAAUCCGUCCUUGACGCCACUAAAAAGCAACUCCAGCAUGCGCAACAAAAGUGGGCCGAUGCCGACAUUCAUCAUCAACACCAAAUUCAAACUCUUACGCGCGACAAGAAUCAACAAUUGCAAGACUUAACACUCAAGUUGGAUGCAGCAGUCCGAGAGGCGCAAGAUCGAGCGCAACGCGAUUUCAUGGCAUCGCAGUCGCCGCAAUCCAUGUUACAAGAGCAGUUGCGACAAGCGGAUCCGCGCGUACGGGAAUUGCAACGGGAACUGGAGGAAGAACGACAACAGCGGGCGAGUCAACAACAAACAGAAAUCGUCAAGGCAGUGCGAGCAAACUCGGACCAACUUGAAGCCGAGCACGCACGAAAGCUCCAGGAUCAAGCCGACCGACAGCAAGCAGAGAGUGCCAAAGAAUUGGCGACGGCACAAGCCAGGUACGAGGUGCAAUUGGCGGCAUUGGAUGCCAAGCAGGGGGGGCUAGAGGAAAUUUAUCAAAAAGAAAUGUCCGAAUUGGAAGCCAAACACGAGAACCUCUUGUUGGAAAAGGGGGGCCAGUUGGCCGAGGAGCACAGCAAAGUGAAACGGCUGGAACAACAGCUAGGGGAUCAAGAAGGGGAAUUCGAUCGUUUGAAGAAACGCGUGGAAGAUCUCGGGACGGAGAAGAAUAGGCUCAAGGCGGAGUUGGCGUCCUCUCAACAUCUAGCCGCGACAACCGACCAUCAACUCCAAGAGGCACUGGAAACGCUGGGAGAACUCGAAACCAAACUGCAGGUCGUGGGCCUAUUCAAGAAAGCACGCGAGGACGCAAGUGGCAACGACAAGAGCCAGACAUCGCGGGGUUUGGCAUCCCCAUCUUCUGUAGCAGACGAUCCGGCGGAGCCACUUCCAGAUAUUGACGCCAUUAUGCUGAAACAGCUAGCCAAAGCAAAGACGGCCAAUGCCAAGACUCAUGGCGAGCUGCAAACAGUGAUUGAGUAUAACAUCUCCGAGUUAAAAGACAUCCACGAAAGCAUGCAAGGAGGCAUCACCCAGGCCAAUUGUGAAAUCAAGGCAUUGGAAACUGGAAUGGAUGACUUGAAGAAACUGCAACGCGAGGUAGCCCAACUCGAUGCAGCUAACAAGAGUGCCAAUCGGCAAAAGAAGUCCCUCGAACGGAAGCUAGCAGAUUCGCAGGACAAACUUGAUACAGCGAGCAAUGUCGUCAAGAGACUCGCAGGGGACAAUGAGAAUUUGCAGCGAGAGCUGGUUGGGGCUCAACUGGAUCGUGACGACUCGCAAGAGAAACUGGAAAAGGUGACGAGUGAUUUGGAACAGGCUCGUGAUGACUUGAAGGUGGCGCGGGACGAAUCGGAAAAGGCGUUGCAAGCGAUGGAUGACGCUGCUUCGAAACUGAGAGAAGCUACUGGGAAAUGUCGGGAGUUAGAAGGGAAAGUUGAGCAACAAAAGCACACCAUCGCGCAGCUGGAAGCCAACGCACUGGAGGCUCAAAGGGAAAAGGCAAGGUUGGAAGCAAAGAUCGAUGAUGGUCAGCAAAGGCACAGAAGCAUGGAGAGCGCCAAUGACCGAACUGGUGAAGCGCUGAACGCAGUGAAUGACGCCCUUAAGAAGUCACAAAGGGAGGUCGACAAGCAACGCAAAGAAAUUAGCCGCCUCGAGGAAGACCUGACAACUGCAAACGACGAGGUGGAGGAACUUCGAAAGGCGGCCAGAGAGCACACAAAGCAAAACGCCCAAGAUGUGCAAAACUUGAGGAACGAACGAAGCAGUCUCAAGGCCGCCAAGGAUGAAGCGCUGGCUGAACUGGAAGAGACCAAACAUCAAGCAUCCAAGUUGCAGAGCGCGGUCGAUCGAGACCGAAAGAAGGUAUCCAGACUCGAGGAAGAGCUCUCUGAGGCCAGAGAUGAUAUCGAGGAUUUGGCCAAGAGGAACGAUACAUUGAAGAAAAAGCAUGAAAAAGAUCUGGGGGAUCUAAAAUCAGAGCGGGGCUAUCUACGAGCUGAAAUCGAGAAAUUGAAAAGGGAAAAUAGCAAUAUGGAGGCUUCAAAGGCUGAGUCAAUGGAGCUGAUUGACGAGUAUGGGCCAAAGCUGAAGGAGCUGGAAGAAACGCGGAAAAGACUUGAAGCCCAGACAGAGUUUUGGGCAGCCAGAGAGGCUGAACUCACCAAUGUUAUAGCGGAACUUCAAGAUUCGGCUGCAGAAACUGAACGCGAAGUGAGACAGUCUUACGAAACACUCAAGUCAGAAGUUGCUGCCAGCCAAGAAGCGAAAGAGAACGCCUUAAAGACGCAGAGCAAAAUAAGCAAGGAGUUGCAAGAUGCUCAACAAGAAACGAAAGCGCUUUCUGAUCGCAACCAAGACUUGAAGAGGCAGCAAAUGAACAAAGAUCAAGAGCUGGAGAAGCUUCAGUGGGAAUUGGAUGCGAAGACGAAGGAAAACGAGUCAUUGAAAACGAAAACUGCGCGUCUGGAAGCUCUGGUGGGCGAAACAAAUAAUGAGCUCGAAACUGUUAGAGGUGAGCUCGGCAAGCUGAAGAAGGAUAUGAGAUCUGAGGUGUCCAGACUGGAAGAUCUCGAGAGGGAGGCCAAAAGGCAACUUGAUGCAGCCCGGUCUGAUUUAGGCGCAAAGAAAAAAGAUGUCGAUUUGCUGAAGGCAGAAAUGUCAGAACUGGAGGCUUCCCAGAACAACACGAAAAGAGGUCUUAACAAAAUCAAGCAGAAGUUGGAAGAAAAGGAGGACGAAAAUGACGCUUUGAAAGAUGAAGUCGACUCCUUGAAAGCCCAAAUACGACGAGAGGAAAAGCUGCAAGCCCAGCUCGCUCAACAGCCACGAGCAGUGAGCCGUGAGAUUGACAGUCUUGCAAUGGCUACGUCACGAGAUUUGCCCAAGCAUGUUGACGACAAACGUGACGAGGAAAUAAGGAAUCUACAAAAGAGUUUGAACGAACGACGGCUGGCCCUCGAAAACCUUGAAGACAGAUACCAGGAUCUCAGCAAGACUCACCAGGGGCUGGUCAAAGCGUCGAGGGAUGCUGCUGUGGCACUUUCGCAGCAGCUGGACGAGCGUACCACCGAGCUAAACGACCUCGGCAAGAAAUCUCGGAAAGCCCUGAAGGAAAACGUGACAUUGAAAGAACGGCUCCGCGUAGCCGAGGAACAAAAGCUAAAGGACGCGUCAGCCUUGGAGCAAUCAAAUCGAGAAUUGAAGGCCGCCCUUGCUGAUAUCAAUGCGCUCCGUCCUGUUCAAGAACGAGCUUCGCUUGAACUCGAGGAAGUGGGGGCUAUCCGAGACGCUGCCCAGGAAUCUUUGAAGAAGGCCGAAGCCCGCAUUGAUAGUAUGCGUGAUCUGCACGAAAAAGAGAGCAGGGCGAAGAACGAAAAGAUUGAACAGUUGGCCAAGGAUCUGCUUGAGGCCGAGAGGACUGCAAGAGGGCACGAGCGUCUGUUUGAGGAAGCAAAGUAUAAGUCGAGGCAAGCUGCUCUUGAAACGCAGAAGUCUCAUAAAGAUCACACUGCUGAAGUCAAUGCGCUGAACGCGCGUCUGUCGGAGCUUCAAGAGAGUCUUGACGGAGCAAAGAAGGAGCAUUCAGAACUGGAGACGAUAAAAAAUGACGUUGAUUCGCAGUUGAAACGUUCGGAAGCCCAAGUGGAAUCGCUACGGGAGAAGCUUGCAUCGCACAAGAAGGAGUUUGAAGGUCGUGACCGUGCACGUCAGAUAGCCUAUCAAAAUCUUGUGAGCAGGGCGAAGAAGCUGGAAAAGGACUUACCCGAGGUCAUCAAAGAGCGAGACGUGGUGGGCAAACAAUUGGAGCAAAUCCGUGCAGAGUUAGCUGCUGCUUUGUCAGACAAAUCGGAUCUACAAGCUGCACUCAAGAAGGCCGAAUCGGGUUUGGCCGCUGUCGCACGUGCUUUGGCGGAGGAGAUUCAGAAGGUCUCAAAGACUGGCGCAGAUGAACUAAAGCACGAGGGUCCAAUGGACUUGGUUGAGAAGGUGAAAGCGGCACUGCGCAAUGCUAUUGAUGGUCGCGAGGACGCAAUCAGGUCUCGAAAGGCUUAUGAGGAUGCCUUCGACGAGUCAAAGGCACUGGCUAGAAGCCUCGGGGGGAUAAUCGAGAAGAAGGACCAGAGAUUGGCCGAACUUCAAAACGUUUUCGACCAGGAAAAGGCAAUGUUGAUGGCUGAGUUGAAUAACCUUGAUGCUGUAGUUCAGCAAAUAGCCGCCGAGAACAAUAAACUGGCCAAGCUCCUUGAAUCCGAGCAAAGAAAAGCAGAGAACGAGGGGAGGUUGUUCAAUAGUCACUUGAAGAAUGCAAAGAGAGACAGAGAGCUCUUGAGUGGUCAGAACAACUCACUGAAGAAAUCAUUGAACGAUGCAGCCACCGCUGCUGCCAAGCUAAAAGACAAGGCCGAAAAUCAAUCACGUGUCGAUGACGACUACAAGUCGCUCCAAAAAAUGAAUCAAGCCCUUCAGAAGUCUCUUGAAAGGGCAACGUCUGUCAUCAAAGAGAUGAACAACCCACAACGUGAUCUGAGCAAAGUGGCUGAAGACAAGACAUCAACUCUGGAGGCCGCUCUUGACGAGAAGGAAAGUAGAUUACAGGAGGCACUGCGCCAACUGCAGGAAGCAGACGAAGACAACGAAGCGCUGCAUGCUGAAGCAGUGAAACUGAAAUGGUUCCUAGAUGAGUUCUUGAGCGAGGCGAAACAAUUGGUAGAAAUUCUGAGCGACAACGUAAAUGAAAACGAGCCAGAGUCAGCUCGACCGAACUCGAGGACACGAAGCGUUUUAGCAAGACUCGAAAGUAUUGUCAAGCACAUGGAGACAGGCGUUGGAAGUCAUCUCCAGCAGCACAAGGACCAUGUCCAGUCACGGCCGCAUAAGCAGCAUCGAACACGCAGCCCCGUGCUGCCUUCUGCGAACCCGGCCGAUGCCGAGAAAGAGACACUCGGAACCGAAGAAGGAACAGUACUCUACGACGACAAUGAUGAAGCUGGGAACAGCCUUCAAAGCGCCAAUCCGGCCUCCGAUGGUGAAGGUUCUCAGAUUUCAAGUGACAAUAGCAACGGAUCGAGGAAAACCCCCUCACCAGUGGCGGCACGGGAGCUCGAUCAAGCUGCGUAUGUACGGGAACGCUUGGCCAAGUCUGCGGCGGCACUGGUGCCUCGUGCGCCUUCAUCCGCAGCAUGGAGGACAAAGGAGUGGCUAUUGAAAUCGGGAACGAAUCCACGCAUGCUCAACAACACCGCACCAAACGCUCAUCAGAGGGGCACAAAGUUGGAUGCCCCCCACGCUUACUACAAAGGUCCCAAAGCCGGCUUUGUGCCAAGUAGAAGCUCGAAGGCUGAUCGACCAAAGACGUUUGUUACAGGGACUACGUUUCCUCCAGGGAUUCGUUCAAAGUCUCCGAGCAACAGCGUGCACCAAGAGGACGCGGCUACUGGAGUGUCUGUUGGUGGCACAGAGCCUCAUGGGGAAGACACAAGUUCAAAACUAGAUAGAGCUCGAUGGGGAGCUCAACAGUAA